AUGGGACAAAAUCACAAUGUCACCUCGCAAUUUACCCGACAUGACCUCUCUCUUUUGGCCCAGUCGUCUCCUAAAUCUCCCCUUCGUGUGAUUGCCCUGAUUGACUAUGAUUCGUUUUAUGCCCAAUGCGAGAGUGUGCGACUUGGAAUUCCUUCAGACGUGCCUUUGGGUGUACAGCAAUGGAAUGCCAUUAUCGCGUUGAACUAUCCAGCCAGGAGAUAUGGUCUCGCCCGGGCCAUCUCGGUCAAAGAAGGUAGAUCGAAAUGUCCGAAUAUCAUUCUACAACAUGUUCCAACGUGGAGAGAGGGAUGUGAUACCUGGGCAUACAGACCUGCAGCUACCAUCACACCGGGCACCGACAAGGCUGCCCUAGAUCCAUACCGCUUAGAGUCACGAAAGGGUCUUGAGCUAGUUAAAAGAACAUUACCACACACCCCCCCACAAAUUGUCGAAAAGGCCAGUGUGGAUGAGAUGUUCAUCGAUCUCUCCGCACAAGUUCACGGCAUCAUGCUACAGCGAUACUCGGCCUUGCUGGACGUGGAAUCUUUGUCAGUAAAUGAAUUUCUGCCUUUACCAAGGACGUCUGUUUCAGAUUGGGAUGCAGACUCUGUGUUUGGAGCCGAUACAGCACAUGAUCAUCUGGACUGGGAUGAUAUGUCUCUGCGCAUUGGGUCGGAGAUUGUGCACAACUUAAGACGAGAAAUAUAUGGACAGAUGAAGUAUACCUGCUCAGCUGGUAUAGCUCAUAAUAAGAUGUUGGCAAAACUUGCAAGCGCACACAAAAAGCCGAAUCACCAGACAAUCAUCUUGCGCCGAGGAACUUGUGAAUUUCUCUCCGCGCACAAAUUCCCCGAGAUCCGUGGUCUUGGAGGGAUUUUGGGUGCCCAAGUCGUUGAAACUUUAAAGACAGACAUGAUCUCAGAGCUCCUCCAUGUUUCUCUGUCACAGAUGAAAGGAGCUAUGGGACCAGAGAAAGGGGAGUGGAUUUUCAAGAUUAUACGUGGCGAAGAACAAAGUGAGGUCAACCCUCGAACACACGUCCAGUCAAUGCUCUCCGCCAAAACAUUCGUGCCCAAAAUCGUUUCAGUCGAGCAGGCGACAAAAUGGCUUCGCAUUUUCGUUGCAGAUAUACUGGGCCGCCUUGCCGAGUUAGGCGCUGAGAACCAUCAAGUCCGUCCCACUAUAAUGACUUUAAAUCACCUCACAGAGGGCCGCUUUGGCCCUACUCGCUCCAAGCAGGUCACUAUUUCAAGAUCAACCUCGAUAACCGAGAAAUCCUUGUUCAACAUUGCCCAUGAUCUACUCACUAAGAUGGUUGUGGAAGAGAACAGUUGGCCUUGCAGAAGUUUAUCUCUACGCAUUACCGGAUUUGAAAAAGUUUCACGACACGAUAGUCUCAUUUCAUCGUAUUUCACGACAAAAUCUGCACCGCCGAAUUUACCUUCCAAUACAUUGGCAGAUGACCCUCAAAAGAGUCGGCUUACCGACGAUCUGCCUAGGAAUCGUGGGGGUGUCCAUCUUUUACCACCCGAGAGUAAUUCGCCAUCUGAAGAAGAAAGAACCAAGUCUACUUUGAUGAACAACCAACCCCUGCGUGGGCUGGGGUUGGAAUUGGAACCCUAUCUCUGCCCUCAUUGCAAAAUGUCUAUCCCACCAACUGGAGUACUUGAGCAUCUGGACUGGCAUGUGGCACUCGAACUCUCCAACGCUGAUGUAUCUAGUGAGUGA